UGCCGCGCGCACUCUCUCUUCCUCUCACGUGAUUGGCGGGUGCGUCUCAGUCUCCCACUCCUCUCUCUCGGUUUCUGUUUCUUCCCCACCUCUCCUUCCUCCUUGACUUCGCCGCCGUCCUACUCUCGUAACCUCCCCCCCCAUCUGCUCCGCUCUGCUCUGCUCUUGGGACUUGGCCGGCCGACGCAGCAAAGCGAGCAAGGUGCUCUGAGUUUCCGAAACCAUGGGGCAGAGGCAUCUUUUCUUGGUGACCACUUGUCUGUGGGCUCUUUCGUGCGCCGGGCUCCUUCAUGCGUCGCCUCCUGAUGGUCUGCUCAGGAUCAAUCUGAACAAGAAGAGUUUGAACUAUGAAGCUCUGAACGCAGCAAAAUUGGCGAGGCAGCAGGACAGUGUCCAUCUGAAGAUCAGCAGUUCCAACAGCGACAUCGUACCUCUCGUCGACUACCUCAACACCCAGUACUUUGGGGUGAUUGGUGUUGGCACGCCGCCGCAGAAUUUCACGGUGAUAUUUGACACUGGGAGCUCCAACCUGUGGGUCCCCUCGUCGAAAUGCUAUUUUUCGAUUGCAUGCUACCUCCACCACAAAUACAAAUCGAGCAAGUCAAGCACGUACAAAGCAGAUGGAGAGAGUGCCAAAAUUACAUAUGGCUCUGGAGCGAUCUCUGGUUUUUUCAGCAAUGAUAAUGUGUUGGUUGGGGACCUUGUUGUGAAAAAGCAGAAAUUUAUUGAGACAACACGUGAAACGAGUGCUACCUUCAUCAUCGGGAAGUUUGAUGGCAUCCUUGGCCUUGGCUUCCCUGAGAUCUCUGUUGGAAAAGCCCCUCCAGUAUGGAUGAGUAUGCAAAAGCAGAAACUGCUCGCUGACGACGUCUUCUCAUUUUGGCUUAACCGGAAUGCUGAUGCUACUUCUGGUGGUGAGCUCGUCUUUGGAGGCGUGGACUCGAAUCACUAUAAGGGAAACCACACCUAUGUCCCUGUGAGCCGCAAAGGUUACUGGCAAUUUAACAUGGGGGAUCUUUUGAUUGAUGGCCAGUCAACUGGUUUCUGUGCCAAAGGCUGUGCUGCCAUUGUGGACUCUGGGACUUCCCUGCUGGCCGGCCCAACAGCUAUAGUUGCUCAGGUGAAUCAUGCAAUUGGUGCCGAGGGAAUUAUCAGCACAGAAUGUAAAGAAGUGGUGAGCCAGUACGGAGAGAUGAUCCUUGACUUGUUAUUGGCACAGACAGAACCACAGAAAGUGUGCAGUCAGGUCGGUCUGUGUUUGUUUGAUGGUACUCACUCUGUCAGUAAAGGAAUUGAAUCUGUUGUCGGUAAAGAAAAUGUUGGCUCAGAUGUUAUGUGCACAGCCUGUGAGAUGGCUGUUGUGUGGAUAGAGAACCAGCUCCGUGAAAACAAAACAAAGGAGCUGAUACUGCAAUAUGCUAAUCAGCUGUGUGAGCGGCUACCGAGCCCCAAUGGAGAAUCAACAGUCAGCUGCCAUGAGAUCUCCAAGAUGCCAAAUCUUGCUUUCACCAUCGCCGGCAAGACUUUCGUGCUAACGCCAGAACAGUAUAUUGUGAAGCUGGAACAAUCAGGGCAAACUGUCUGCAUCAGUGGGUUCAUGGCAUUCGACAUACCACCACCACGGGGUCCUCUCUGGAUUCUCGGGGAUGUCUUCAUGGGCGCUUACCACACUGUGUUCGACUUCGGCGAGGACAGGAUCGGGUUCGCGGAAUCAGCUUGAGUGAAGAGACUGAUGUUUGCAAAGAUUUCCCUCGUAUCGUAGAAUAGUUUGGCUAUCUCUGAUACAAGAAUGCCGCCGUAAACUAAUGAUGUAUAAAAAAGCUGGAACAAAAGAGAGAACUUUUUAUUUCUUUCUUAAACAAAGAAUAAGUUUAUCCCUAAACUUCGGAAAUGUAUAUUUGAAACCCUGGAUGGUUCUUGCUGUAUUGAAAAACGGAGCAUGCAUAGUGACAACUUGGAAGAAACAUAUAACACAUGGUUUGUAAAAAGUAUAUAUGUAUUUCUGGAACUUGCGAACAUGUAUCAUAUGUUGGAUUGCAUUC